AAAAGCAAAGCAUCGAUAACUAUAAACUAAUAAAAAGAGCAGAACAGAAAAGCGUUACUGGAGUUGCCCCUAUGUGCUGCGUAUGGUGUGAGAUUUUGCAGUAAUAGCAACCGCAGCAGCUGUAGUAGUAGUGGUGGUGGUGGUGAGAUCGUACCGUGAUCAUUCCUCCUAACCAUACAAAUCCAACAAUUGCUCAGCAUCACCGCGAAACGAAACGCUUUGUUUGUCGUUCCGGGUGGCCACCGCCAAACAGUUGACAGCCAGCGUCCAGCAGAUUCGGUACUACUCUUCAGCGUGCGGCCCACCGUAACAGCAACGGUUCUUCACGAUGGCACUGCCAAAAUGUUUCAACUUUUCCAACAACAUCCGAACGCACGCAAUAUUCGUCGGUGUGAUCGUGUCGUUGGAUGCGAUCUGCAUCCUGCUGUUUAGUGCCGCCUGGAACAUUAAAGCCGAACAGCUGCCGAAGGAAUUGCAACAUCUCGCCAGCAUGAGGGAGGUCCUGCUCGUGAUGGGUCUUAUUAAUGCAUUCUUCGCCCUCGUGUACUGGGUCGGUUUCCUCAAGCGUCAGCGAUGGUGCCUCACGCUGUUUAUCGGCUUUCUGGCCGUGGCCAUCACGCUACACUUCAUCGGCUUUCUCGGUGCGAUACUUCAGCUGCAGAUUGUCAGCGCGUGUGCGAUACUGAUCGUGCUUGGGAUUAAUGGCUACGUACUGCUGGUCACGCUUCAACUGCGUAAAGCCAACCUGGACUCUCCGCUAUCACAGGACGGAUACGGUGUUUAGGGCAUGUGUGGUUUAGGUCGUGUGUUCCUGUUACAAAUAGUCCUAAGGUUUUGUGUUUAAUAUUCCACUUGUAGUAGUGUAGCUAACUGCAGUCGUACCUCCGUUUCGAUCGUGAGCAAAGAUCCGGGCCUAGCCCAACGAAAUACGCACUGCGUUUGAUAAUGAUCCGGUCGCACACUUCCGAUGACGCAUACACACAGCUAGGUUAUCGCGCUAUUUGCUGGAGCUGAAGUAAAAAAUCGCAUCCUUAAUAGAGCGAAAAAACAAUUCUUCAAACAGCAGCAGCAGCAGCAGCAGCGGCAGAAACGAAAUUCCAUUCAAAUCAAUGCGGUUGCGGCCUUAUCAUCGGCACCACUUUUUUCCCCGUACACCUUGAUGUGGCGGUUUUUAACGACGUCGAAAAGCGCUACACUACACAUGCUACGAUAACCUAAUCAACUACUACAAUGGAUUCGUUCAGCUCGCUAAUGGUUAGUAUUAUAUGUUUUUUUUUUUAACUCGAAACGAAAAUACAGCUUAAUUAUUUGAGGCAAAAAAAGCGUUAUUGUACGCGCCUUAAUCGGGCUAGAAGCGAGCGGUGUAAAUUUUCCACCAUUCAAAUAGUGGCAGGGCUUUUCGACAAACAUGAACCUAUCAACCUUACACUGAUUGUUCUAAAGCGUUCUAGAGCGGUGGAAACCUUUUUAGUACAAAAGUGGUCAGCGAUUCGUGGUGGGUUUCAGUGGGAUUAUGCCUGUAAGUGGUCGACUGGACCACGCAUAGCUAAAGACUAUAUUAUUCUGGGCUCUUGGAGGUAAGCAAAACAGGGUUCAAUAAAGAUGAGCACAUUUGGAGUACGAUCGUUGGCCAGGUCGGCCAGUUAGUACAACAUA